AUGCAUGCGCUGGUGGAUGAAGGGGGUAAGACGAGUGAUGCCAUCUCCGCGCUGGAGAGGAGUGGAGUUACGCUAGGACUCUCGGAGGAAGACGCCUUGACGUGGUUCCAAUGCGUCGAAACAAAGCUUCAAGACACAACGACCAGUACCAUGACAGUGUCACCUCUCCCGCCCAUCACAUUGCAUGGCUUGGACAAUGCAGAGGUUUAUAUGCAAAAAAUCGAAAAAGCUCGCGAGCUCAUUAGUAUGGGCGAAAGCUACGAGAUCUGCCUCACGACACAAUUUGAGGGGAAAGUGCUGGAGGAGGCGGACUAUAACAAGUACUUUGCCCUGUACUGCUCUCUGCGGCGGAAGAACCCUGCACCUUUUUCAGCCUAUGUGGAACUGCCAACUGUCCAUGGGACACCACAAGCUAUCCUAUCGACUAGCCCAGAAAGGUUCCUCACUGUAUCGGAUAGGGGUACAGUAGAAAUGCGACCUAUCAAAGGGACCAAAGUACGGCCAGGCUGGGGCGCAGGCGAAGAGGACUGGCUUGCACGAGCCAAAGAAGAACCAGACAUGAGGGCAUUUGUGGCUGCAGAGGACCGACGACGACGACAACUGCUGGAAGCGGACCCCAAAGAGCGAGCUGAGAACCUGAUGAUCGCAGACUUGAUCCGGGCUGAUCUACAAUCUGUGUGCUUCCCUGGCACAGUGGAAGUGCCAAGACUCAUUGCAUUGGAGACCUACGUGACAGUCCACCAGCUUGUGACCUCCGUCGAAGGCACACUGCGACCGAGUAUUGGAUGUGUGGAUGUGACUAGGCGGUGCUUCCCACCAGGCAGCAUGACAGGGGCUCCGAAACGGAGGAGUGUGGAGCUAAUUGAGACGCUGGAACGAUCGGCGGACGACCCUGAAUCAACGACACGUCGUCGAGGUAUUUACUCAGGCGCCUUGGGGUUCAUUGGGGUGGACGGCGCAUCAAGUCUAUCGGUUGUUAUCAGGACCAUUACCAUGCAGGGCGCCAAUGCAUUGGUGGGUGCUGGUGGAGCUAUUACGUUCCUAUCUUCUCCAGAAGGCGAAUGGGAUGAAGUGUUGACCAAGCUGGGGUCAGUUGCUUCGCUGGCCCCUUCGAAGUGA